AUGGCGACAUCGGUGUACGCGCGCCUCGGCCUCGCCCACACUGUCGCCAUUCUGCUGCUGGCGGCAACAGCGGCCGCCGAGAUGCGCUCGGAGGCCGACGCCCUUCUGACCUGGAAGGCCAACCUCACCGACGCCGCGGUGCUCUCCAACUGGACAAAAGCCGCAGGGCUCUGCUCCUGGCACGGCGUGUCCUGCGACACCGCCGGCCGCGUCCAGUCUCUCAAGCUCCGGAGCCUCGGCAUCGAUGGCACGCUCGACACGCUUGACAUGGCAGCGCUCCCGGCCCUCACCAAGCUCGACCUCAACGGAAAUAACUUCGUCGGCGCCAUCCCGGCGAGCCUCUCGCGCCUUCGCUCCCUCGUUGAGCUCGACCUCGGAAGCAACGGGUUCGACGGCGCCAUCCCGCCGCAGCUAGGCGACCUCUCAAGCCUCGUCGACCUGCGCCUCUACAACAACAACCUCGCCGACGCCAUCCCACACCAGCUCAGCAGGCUCCCCAGGAUCGUGCACUUCGACCUGGGCUCCAACUUCCUCAACAUGACGGACUAUGGCAAGUUCUCGCCGAUGCCCACCGUCACGUUCAUGUCGCUCUACCUCAACUACCUCGGCGGUAGCUUCCCGGAGUUCAUCCUCAACAGCGGCAACAUCACCUACCUCGAUCUGUCGCAGAACCUUUUCUCCGGGCCCAUGCCGGACUCGCUGCCAGUGGAUCUCCCGAACCUGAGGUACCUCAACUUGACUAUCAAUUUCUUUUCCGGCCGGAUACCGGCCUCGCUGUCGAAGCUUGGGAAUCUUCAGGAUCUACGGAUUUCCUCCAACAAUCUGACUGGUGGAAUCCCGGAAUUUCUUGGGUCGAUGUCCCAGCUGAGAGUUCUUGAACUCGGCGACAACCAGCUCGGUGGUCCCAUCCCGCCUGUUCUUGGACAGCUCCAGAUGCUACAACGCCUUGACAUUAAGAGCGCUCGGUUGGUUUCCACUAUACCACCCGAGCUGGGCGACCUUGACAACCUCACUUUCUUGGACAUGUACAUGAACCAGCUCACCGGCGUCCUGCCGCCGGCGUUUGCUGGGAUGCGCAAAAUGCGGGAGUUCGGCAUAUCGUCCAACUUCCUCACUGGCGAGAUCCCAGGUGCACUGUUCACAAGCUGGCCGGAACUCAUAUCAUUCCAUGCGGACAACAAUUCCUUUAACGGGAAAAUUCCGCGGGAGCUCGGCAUGGCAACCAUGCUGAAUUUCUUGUAUCUCUUCAGCAACAAUCUUACAGGCACUAUCCCGGCCGAGCUCGGCAAGCUUGUGAACCUGUUGGAGCUGGACUUGUCUGUGAACUGGCUCACGGGGCCAAUACCGAACUCGAUCGGCAACCUCUCACAGCUCACGAGGCUGGCGCUCUUCUUCAAUGGACUUACCGGCGUGAUUCCCCGUGAGAUCGGCAGAAUGACGGCGCUGCAAGUCUUGGACGUCAGCGCCAACCGCUUAGAGGGUGAGCUACCCGCGGUCAUCACAUAUCUCAGCAAUCUCAAUUACCUUUCUCUGUUCAAUAACAACUUCAGCGGCACCGUACCGCCGGACCUCGGGAAGGGUCUAGCUUUGACCGACGUGAGCUUCGCGAACAACAGCUUCUCGGGCGAACUGCCGCAGAGCCUCUGCGACGGCCUCGCACUGCAAAACUUCACGGCGAACCAGAACAACUUCACCGGCAGGCUGCCACCGUGCCUCAAGAACUGCACGGACCUGUACCGGGUGCGGCUGGAAGGAAACCACUUCACCGGCGACAUCUCGGAGGCGUUUGGUGUCCACCGCCGCUUGGACUACCUGGAUAUCUCGGGAAAUCAGCUGACGGGGAAGCUGUCGUCCUAUUGGUCAGGGUGCAGCAAUAUUACAGUUCUAGCCAUGAACAAUAAUCGCAUCUCUGGAAAUAUCCCUGCGACCUUCUGUCGAUUGACCCAUCUCCAGUUACUCGAUCUAUCAAAUAACACUUUCACCGGGGAGCUCCCAAGUUGCUGGUGGGAAUUACAGGCUCUUGUAUUUAUGGACGUAUCCAACAAUGGCUUAUCGGGUGAAUUUGCUAGUAGUACUUCAACGAGCUUGGACCUUCCUCUUCAGUCACUCCAUCUUGCUAACAAUAGCUUCUCAGGAGAUUUCCCUUCUGUCAUUUGGAAGUGCAGAAUUCUCGUCACCCUUGAUCUUGGGAACAACAUGUUCGUCGGUGAUAUUCCCUCUUGGAUUGGAUCAAGCCUACCCUUUCUAAGAGUUCUUAGUCUCCCAUCCAACAAAUUCACCGGUGUCAUUCCAUCCGAGUUGUCUCAACUUUCUAAUCUGCAAGUGCUUGACGUAUCCAAAAACAGACUUACUGGAUUCAUACCGGACACAUUCAGCAACUUAUCAUCCAUGAAGCAGCCAAACAAAAUAGUUUUGAGAUUACAACUUUCUGAAAAGAAUAACAAACUUGAGUUGGUUCAACUGAGCCGGAUUUCCACUUUUUCGCGGAGGACUCUGCCUAAGCCCAAUAACCAGUCGUACCAAGACAGAGUCAACAUAUUCUGGAAGGGCCGUGAACAAACUUUUCAGAAAGCAAUCGAGUUGAUGACAGGUAUGGAUUUAUCAAGCAAUCUACUUACGGAGGAUAUCCCUGAGGAGCUAACAUUCCUCCAAGGUCUCCGAUUCUUGAACUUAUCCAGAAAUGAUCUAUCAGGCACUAUUCCAGAAAGUAUUGGCAGUUUGGAGUUAUUGGAGUCCCUUGACUUGUCAUGGAAUGAACUUUCAGGUACUAUUCCUUCAAGCAUUUCAAGUUUGCAAGCCCUCGGUAUGUUAAAUCUCUCAAACAAUCAGUUGAGAGGCCACAUACCCAAUGGAAAUCAGCUACAGACACUUGUAGAUCCCUCAAUUUAUUGCAACAAUCAGGGACUUUGUGGCUUCCCGUUGAGCACUUGUUUGGAAGAGGGAGCCGAAGACCACAAAGAACAUGGAGAUGAUGUGUGGCUGUGCUACUCUGUAAUUCUUGGCACUGUUUUUGGUUUUUGGCUUUGGUUUGGAGCUCUGUUUUACCUUCAGCCAUGGAGAUUUUCCUUUCUCCAUUUUGUUGAUGGGUUGGGCAUGAAGAUUGCGGAUAAAUGCCAUAUCACACGCUAAGGCUUCACGUGACAGGUGAAUUAGCAAAGACAUGACGUGCAUUUUAUCAAUUAUGUAUGUUCCUUUUUGGUUCCCUUGUACGGAAAGAAAAGCACUGAACUAUAGCAGUUUUAAGAAUAAUAUAAUUGGGCAUUUCAGAUGGA